AUGUCAAGGUUGGAUCCAUUAAGAGCACAGCUCCGAGAACUAAAGCAGAAUCCACCUGCUACACAUGGUGCGCACACCCGGAGCAAGGUGGCCUCCACCCACCAUUUCUGCUACUCCUUCCCCUCCCUCAAUAUCAAGGUUUACAUGUUCCAGGAGGACACCGUUAUUAAUCUCAUCUCGUCGUCGAUUCGGCAGGCGCUCGAGAACCCGCUCAACUACGCGAGAAAUUACCUGGGCGACAUUUUGGGCCAGUGCGUGGACCGGGUCAUUUACUUGGACUCCGACGUGGUUGUGGUCGACGACAUUCACAAGCUCUGGAACAUGUCGCUCACCGGGUCGCGUGUCAUCGAAGCACCGGAGUAUUGCCACGCCAACUUUACCAAGUACUUCAUCGACGGGUUCUGGUCCGACCCGAUUCUCUCCCGGGUUUUCUCGUCAAGAAACCCCUGCUAUUUCAACACCGGUGUGAUGGUGAUGGACCUGGUGAGGUGGAGGGAAGGAAAUUACCGAAAGAGGAUCGAGAACUGGAUGGAAUUACAGAGGAAAAGAAGGAUUUACGAGCUGGGUUCUCUGCCGCCGUUCCUGCUCGUCUUCGCUGGCAACGUGGAGGCCAUAGACCACCGGUGGAACCAACACGGCCUCGGCGGCGACAAUGUCAGAGGCAGCUGCCGGUCUUUGCACCCUGGUCCGGUCAGUCUCCUCCAUUGGAGCGGCAAGGGCAAGCCGUGGGUCAGACUUAAAACCAAGAACCUGUGCCCGCUGGACCACCUCUGGGUGCCGCAUAUGAUCAUCAUAGACAAUCUUGAGAAGGGGUUAUCACCAUCAACAAUUAUGGAGUUUAUUCAUCAACAACUUUCAAUCUCAUGUCAAGCAUUUGUUUCGCCAAGUAAGUUGUUAGAGAUAUAUGCACGAGGAGGCAUUCUGUUGCACAGCAAAAGAAACUUUGACAAGUUAUUGGCCUUUUUGGAGAAUCCUCAGCAAGGUUAUGUGGAGACCUGACAAAAAAAAAAAAAAAAAAACAAAAACUUCCAAGCAUUAUCUUGGUAUGUUGUUUGCUUCACAAUAUAGUCAUCGACAGUAGAGAUAUAUUGGACCCAGAUGUUGCUUUAUCCAGCCAUCAUGACUCAAGAUAUGGAGAACAGUGCUGCAAGCAAGUUGAUCCAUUGGGGAGGACAUUGAGGGAUAACUUGAUCAAA